AUGGACACGACGAACAAAGAAAAAACUACCCGGGAGGGUCCCGUUCGCGGGGAAUCCCUUGGUGGGUCGGACAGCCGGCCCAUCGGCCCCAUUGUAUACGGGGGGGCCAUUCGCCGUGUGAAGGAGGAGAGAAGGUUAGGGUCAAAUGGAGGAAGCAGAGAGGAGAAGGAAAGAGAUAGAGUGAGGAGGCUGUCUGAUUCAGACUCGGACAGCAGGGGCUCCAUGGCAAGCGCUUCCAGCCGCUUUGCUUCCAUGGAGUCCUUAGACCAGGACGGGAGAUUUUGGAGUGAGGGCCGCGGCCAGAAGAGGCCCAGAGAUAAGGAGUUGAGCGGCAGCUCCACAGACACCCCCGCCAAGGGGGCACACAAGAGAAGAGGACGCGGCCGUCCACCAACCACCGGCGAGUACGUCGGGCUGGCGGCCGCCAAAGAAACUCUGAGAAAGGCGACAGAGGCGGAGAUGAGGGCGCGAGCCGAAGCGGAACUCCUCGACUCAGUUCUGGAAGCCCGCAAAACCCGCUCGGCUCUGGUUACGGCAGGUCCAUCUUAUGCCGCGCCACUGGAAAAUGACGAAGACACGGCGACCACCGUCCUCAAACGGAUCGGGUCCAGCCUUGACAUAGUAGAAAAAGUAGCGAAGAAGUCAUCCAAUCUUAAGGGGACCUUCGUGCGCGCACUACAAGAUGCUGUGAGCGCCAUUAAAGAAGACGUUACCGGCCUCGCUCAGAGGUCGAUAUCUGACGAGACACGUGCGUUGCAGGCUGAUAACACCCGCCUGCAAGCCGAGAUGACCAGCCUCCGCAAGGAGUUGACGGAGCUGCGUGAGGAGAUGGAGAGGGUGCGGAAACAGGGUUCCGCCAACGCCCUCAUGGACACGACAAUGGAGGCCGUCCCUGUCCGGCCCCCACCACAACCACAAGCAGAAUCCUCUCUAGAGGACAUAUGUCGGGCGGUAAUGGUCCAGGUGGGCGGUAUGCUCAACGCCCGCCUGGCUUCCUUGGAAGACAGGUUGCUUCCCGCUAAGAACUUGCGACCACCAUUGGCGUCUGACAGCAAGAAGAAGAAGAAGGAGACACCUGCGGCCUCCGUGGCUGGCCCAUCAAGAGUAGCCCCUGCGGCCCCUGCGGCCCCCGCGGCACCUGCGGCUCCCACAGCUGGCCCGUCUCGGGCGGUCACUGCGGCUCUCCCGACCCCCGGGGGACCUGCAAAACCCAAGAAGAAGAAGAAGGAGAAGAAAAAGAAAAAGAAGAAAGGGCCUGCGACGGUCGCAAAACCACCACCAUCGGCUACCGCAACCGCCGCGCCAACCCGCCCCACUAACCCGGACGAACUGCAGGGGAACUGGGCGUGGCUGAGAGUAGGCAAAAAUGGAAAGGCCGAAAAAGCGCCAAAGGUGCCCACGACAUCCAGGGCACCUCAACGGCGGAACACUGCUGCACCUGCGCCGCGCAAAUUAAAAGCGCCGCACAGCUCGGCGGUUGUCGUCACGCUGACCGAAAAUGCGAUGAAGAAGGGCCUCACAUAUAGCGCCGUCCUCAAAGAGGCAAAGGAGAAGCUCGAUCUCAAAGAGACCAUAGGAGUAGAGUCGGUCCAAUUCCGCAGGGCGGUCACCGGGGCUACUAUCAUCCGCAUCCCCGGCGCCACCAGCGCCCCAAAGGCAGAUAUCCUGGCGCAAAAGCUCCAGGAGAUAUACCAAAAUGAUGACAUCAAGGUCUCCAGACCCGAAAAAAUGGUCGACGUCAAAAUCGAAGGUCUGGACGACUCUAUCACGCCGGAAGAGGUUAAAGAGGCCAUAAUUAAAAAAGGAGCAUGCACGAGCGACCAAGUCCGAGCUGGCCAACUACGCCAAAACAGAUCUGGUCUAUUCGACAUCUGGGCCCAGGUCCCUGUCACAACAGCGAAGAGGCUAGUGACGGGCCGCUUCUUAGUUGGCUGGGUGGCCGCUAAGGUCAUCAUUGGAAGACCCAGAGAGCUGCGCUGCUACCGCUGUAUGCAGCAAGGACAUACGGCGAGCCGCUGCGACGCGGAGGACCGCAGCCGGCUAUGUUACAACUGUGGACAGGAAGGCCACAAGGCCGCAUCCUGCCCGUCGCAACCGAAUUGCAUCCUGUGCACGGCGGCGGGCAAGGAUGCCAAGCACCGGCUGGGGAGUUUAAAUUGCUCGGCGCCCAGAAAAACGGUUCCUAAGAGAGCGCUAGCGGAAGUAGCACGUAGCGCGCCCCCACCGAGCGGGGAAGUAAUGGAGAUAGCGGAAGUUGAGCACAAUUAA